AACAGGACAGUUUCUGUCAAAAUGGCUGAGCAUUUGUGCACGGUUUGCUCCGUUCAGUGAAGGAAAUUAUUUACACCUGUAUAUUAAACGUUCGUAAUUUGUGACCAGCGAGCGGCGACAUUCUCUUAAAAAAAUGCUGAUGCCUAGUAAACGCAGCUUGUCUAAGGAGGACAUCAGAGCCGCAGACAAAGAUGAGAAAGAGACGCUGUUGGAACAUGACAGCGAUCCCGACGAGGACAUGUUGUUCAGUCGGCCGAGUACUUCAAACGGGGAUGAAAAGGUUGACAAGAAAAUGGAUUGUGUCAGGCUGCAAAUUCAAGAGGUGACGGACGUGAUGAGAGACAAUGUUCAAAAGGUGAUCGAUCGUGGCGAUAGACUGGAGGAUCUACAAGAAGCGAGUGAUCGUUUGAACCUGGCUGGGAACGAAUUCAGGGAAGCCGCGAGACGGGCGCAACGAAAAGCCUGGUUGCAAAACGUGAAAUCAAGGAUCAUCAUCGUCAGCGUCACCGUGACGAUCGUGCUUUUCAUCAUCGUUCUGGACAUCAUGGUGCUCUACUUGGUUCUCAGAUAGCGAGCCCGAUGUCUGGAGUCGUGAUCAUUGAGAUAGAGAGAAGCGUCUAUUGUCAUGAAGUACACAUGAACAAGAAGUCUGACUGAGGGACCGUAAUCUAUUGUCUACAUCUUGUACAUUUAUAACUCCUUCCGGACCUAUUACACGUAUUAUAUAUAGUUAUAAGUCUGUAUAAAUAUAUCUUCUAUUAUUUUUGUUUAAAUCUCAUUGUUCCUUGCGUAUCGCAACCGCGGAAACUCUCGUACUUUCCAUUCGUUACACGAGAGAUAUUUUUAAGAGGUUCAGAAACUACUCUAGAUCAACUGCUAUCUUAUCAUCACUUAUUAAAUUAGAUUAUACAUACAUACUUAUAUAAUAUAAUAUAAUCGGUGAUGAUGUUGAUGGUAGUGACGAUUAUUAUUUAUAUGUCACUCGGCCGAUCAGCGGGCUUAUUCAUCGAGAAACGAAUGUGUAAUCGAUGCGUGGUCACGUAAAUUAUACUAUGCUUCGACAGAUCGAUA